GCCGUAAGUCGGAGUCGUUACUGAACCAUCAAGUUCCAUCACUUCAACAUCUAACCCGACUCAAUUGGUCCUUUAAGAUGGCUUUCUUUUAUCUGGUCUGUUUGGCUCUUUUGGUUUCUGCAAAUGCAGCCAGUUUAUAUGGAAAGCGUUCGGCUCCAGAAAUGGGUAAUAUGAUGGGACCUAUGAUGGACAUGGGAAACGCAGGUAUGAAUAAUGGAAUGAACACGCCAAUGAAACCAAUGGGUAUGGACAAUGGCGUGAAAAUGAUGACCAUGGACAUGGCCAACAACAAAGGAAUGGAUAAAAUGACUGUGCCAAUGCCAGAGCCCAUGAAUAUGGGAAAUAACAAAGGAAUGGACAUGAUGCCCAUGCCCAUGAAUAUGGGAAAUAACAAUAACAUGGACAUGAUGUCCAUGAAUAUGGGAAAUAACAAAGGAAUGGACAUGAUGCCCAUGCCCAUGAAUAUGGGAAAUAACAAUAACAUGGACAUGAUGCCUAUGAAUAUGGGAAAUAGCAAUGGAAUGGACAUGAUGUCCAUGAAUAUGGGAAAUAACAAAGGAACAGAAAUGAUGCCCAUGCCCAUGAAUAUUGGAAAUAACAAAGGAAUGGACAUGAUGCCCAUGCCUAUGAAUAUGGAUAAUAGCAAUGGAAUGAACAUGAUGUCCAUGAAUAUGGAAAACAACAAAGGCAUGGACAUGAUGGAAAUGAAGCCUAUGGACAUGGCUAAUGGAAAAGAUAUGAAUAUGCCAAUGAAUAUGAAAGCCAUUAACAAAAUGAUGGAUAUGAAAAAGGCAAUGGAUAUGGGCAAUAUGAUGAAUGACAUGAUGAACAUGAAGAAAGCGAUGGACAUGGGUAAAGCAAUGAAAAACGCCAUGGAUAUGGCUAAAAUGAUGGAGAUGGCCAAUGCUGUGGACAUGAUGAAAAAUAGCAUGGAUAUGAUGAAAAUGAAUAUGAUGAACAAAAUGAACAUGGAUAAAAAACCAAUGGAAAUGAACAUGAAAAAUGUCAUGGAAAUGAUUAACAUGGAAAUGAAUAAAAAACCAAUGGACAUGCCCAUGAAUAUGGAUAGGAUGUCAAUGAACAUGAAUAAUGGCAUGAACAUGAACAACAAACCUAUGGACAUGCCUAUGAAGAUGGAUAUGAUGCCAAUGAACAUGAAAAACGGCAUGGACAUGACGAACAUGAUGCCCAAUGAUAAAAUGGACAUGAUGAAUGCAAUGCCCAUGAAUAAAAACGCAAUGAACAUGAACAACGCCAUGGACAUGAUGAAUGCAAUGCCCAUAAAUAAAAACGCAAUGAACAUGAACAAUGCCAUGGACAUGAUGAAUGCAAUGCCCAUGGAUAAAAAUACAAUGAACAUGAACAACGCAAUGGAUAUGAUGAACGCAAUGCCCAUGAAUAAAAACGCAAUGAACAUGAACAACGCCAUGGACAUGAUGAAUGCAAUGCCCAUGGAUAAAAACGCAAUGAACAUGAAAAACGCCAUGGACAUGAUGAAUGCAAUGCCCAUGAAUAAGAAUGCAAUGAACAUGAAUAACGGUAUGGAUAUGAUGAAUGCAAUGCCCAUGAAUAAAAAUACAAUGAACAUGAUGUCCAUGAAGAUGAACAUGAUGCCAGUUAACAUGAACAAAAUGAUGCCACCUUCAUCUAAAUAUAUUUAAAUGAAAUUUGACUGGGAUGCAGGAGCAAACAGGCCGCAGGACAAGGACUUUUUCAUCUUUCGUUUCCCAUGUAAUGCCCAGGAAAAGGCUUUAUUGAAUGCAGGGAUGUAAUUUAUAUUGCAAAUAAAAUGAUAAAAUCAU